GGAGCGGCGGCAGGGCUGGGGGUGCGCACCGCGCGGGCACUGCUGGCUGGGCCCCGAGCUCGCCGUGCUGUCGCACUUCCCAGCGUCCACACCCGCAGUCAGUGCCCGCCGUGCGCGUCCCGCCAUGGCCGCCGCCGCCCUCCUGCCGCGGCCCCGACGCCGGCCGCGACCCUUGCUCCUGACGGCACUGCUGCUGGGGCCGCUGCUGCGCGCCGGCCCGGUUCGCACCGACAGUAAGGUGUUUGGUGACAUGGACCAGGUGCGGAUGACUUCAGAGGGCUCUGACUGCCGCUGCAAGUGUAUCAUGAGGCCACUGAGCAAGGACGCAUGCAGCAGAGUGCGCAGUGGGCGGGCACGGGUGGAGGACUUCUACACAGUGGAGACAGUGAGCUCAGGGACCAACUGCCGCUGCUCCUGCACAGCACCACCCUCCUCGCUCAACCCCUGCGAGAAUGAGUGGAAGAUGGAGAAACUCAAGAAGCAGGCGCCUGAGCUCCUCAAGCUGCAGUCCAUGGUGGAUCUCCUGGAGGGUACCUUGUACAGCAUGGACCUGAUGAAAGUACACGCCUAUGUCCACAAGGUGGCCUCCCAGAUGAACAUGCUGGAAGAGAGCAUCAAGGCCAACCUGAGCCGGGAGAACGAGGUGGUGAGAGACAGCAUGCGCCACUUCAGCGAGCAGCUAAGACACUACGAGAACCACUCGGCCAUCAUGAUGAGCAUCAAGAAGGAGCUGGCCAGCCUGGGCCUCCAGCUGCUGCAGAAGGACGCAGCCCCAGCCCCUGCGGCCGCCCCGGCCACCAGCCCUGGAAGCAAGGCCCAGGACACAGCUGGAGGGAAAGGCAAAGACAGUAAUGGAUACGGCAGCAUGCAGAGGAGCUUUGGAGACAGGGGCCUCCCAAAACCUGCUAAGGAGAAGCUGCUGAAGGCGGAGAAGCUGAGGAAGGAGGGCGCCAAGGGCAGAUUCCCCCAGCCUACGGCCAAGCCCCGGGCUCUGGCCCAGCAGCAGGCCAUGAUCCGAGGCAUCACCUACUACAAGGCGGGCAGGAAGGAGGCGACUGAAGCUGUGGCUGACAACGCCCUCAAGGGCACUUCCUGGCUGGAACAGCUGCCGCCCAGGUCAGAGGGCAGGCCACCGGAGCCCAACUCGGCGGAGCAUGAUGAGGCUGUGCCCCAGGCCUCAAAGAGAGCAGACUUGGCCCCUGGCACCCCUGCCCCAGACCCUGCCACCACCUCCACCCCCACUCCUACCACCAGUUCCCUGCCCACUGAACCAACUUCGCGCCAAGAAGUCUCCAGCCAAGGCAGAGAGGCGAGCUGUGAGGGCACCCUCCGGGCCGUGGACCCUCCUGUGAGGCAUCACAGCUAUGGGCGCCAUGAGGGGGCCUGGAUGAAGGACCCUGCUGCCAAAGAUGACAGGAUCUAUGUCACCAACUACUACUAUGGGAACAGCCUGGUGGAGUUCCGCAAUCUGGACAACUUCAAACAAGGCCGCUGGAGUAACAUGUACAAGCUGCCCUACAACUGGAUCGGCACAGGCCACGUGGUGUACCAGGGUGCCUUCUACUACAACCGUGCCUUCACCAAGAACAUCAUCAAGUAUGACCUGCGCCAGCGCUUCGUGGCCUCCUGGGCACUGCUGCCCGACGUAGUGUAUGAGGACACCACACCCUGGAAAUGGCGUGGCCACUCAGACAUUGACUUUGCUGUGGACGAGAGUGGCUUGUGGGUCAUCUACCCUGUGGCGGAUGACCAUGACGAGGCCCAGCCUGAGGUGAUCGUGCUGAGCCGCCUGGACCCCAGCGACCUCUCCGUGCACCGCGAGACCACAUGGAGGACCCGGCUGCGGCGGAACUCCUACGGGAACUGCUUCCUGGUGUGCGGCAUCCUGUACGCCGUGGACACAUACAACCAGCAGGAAGGCCAGGUGGCCUAUGCCUUUGACACGCACACGGGCACUGAUGCCCACCCACAGUUGCCCUUCAUCAACGAGCAUGCCUACACCACCCAGAUCGACUACAACCCCAAGGAACGGGUGCUAUAUGCCUGGGACAAUGGCCACCAGCUCACCUAUACUCUCCACUUCAUAGUCUGAGCAGGACCUGUACUCACAGUGAGGAGUGGCUGUGGGCCAGGCCUGGGGCUGGUACCAAGUAGCACCCAGGGGAGUAACCACUUCCACCUGCACAGCACUGUGCCAAGAGCUUCACCGGCACUAACCUACUUAGUCCUCCCAACAACUGUAGAGGAAAAGAGUCAAGCCCAUUUAAGAGAUGAGGAGCCCGAGGCUCAGAGAGAUAACCCUUGCCUGAAGGGCCUCGGUUUGGGUUCAGGCAGGCCAGCAGCACAUUUUACAGAUGAGGGGGCCUAACCACGCUCUCCUCUGCCCCCAGCCCUUUCCUCUCUUUUUCUCUCAACUCUGUCUCCCCUCCUGGGGCUACUCAGAACCAGAGGCCUUUGGGACUGAGGGACUAGCGUUGGGUGGAGGCCCGGCUCUCUGUGUCACCCAGGCCCCCGUUUGGGCUGAGCUGUUGGUGGCCCUGGGCUUUAGUCCCUUUAGCUCAUGUCCCUGCUCCUUGCCUUUGGCCAGCACCCCCCACCCCACCCUGCUCACUGUCCAACCACAUUCCAAACCUCCAUGGUCACCCAGCCACGGAGCAGAAACCACACCCCAAGAAAAAAUAGCGGCCCCCGUUCCAAGAUCCCCCUCCCUCUGUACUCAUUUUUAUUUUCCCUUAUUCUUCCUCAGUGUCGUCAUUUGUUUCUACAUGAGCAGCUGAGAAGGCUGCAGACAGCUGCCCACCAGCAGCAGCUCUACCAGGGGGAGGAGCUGGCCAGGCCCUGAGGCUCCCUCUCCACCCAGAAGUGCAGGCUUUGGCCACAUACCCAACCUGUGGGACCUCUCCCCAGCUCCUCCCAGAGCCUUUGAGCCUGGGAUCCACCUUGGUCUUUCUCUCUGGGCCUUUGAACCCACAACUUACACUAUACUCAGGGAUAGCCCCAGGUCAGCCAUGAGCAAGAGCAUAGGCCCAAGGCUGGGUGGUACCAAAACGAAUAGUUUCCCUUUCUUGUCAGUCCUGCCCUGGUCAUUUGGUGGGAUGACCCAGCAGCCUGAGGGGCUGGGGGAGGCUGAGACCUGAGUAGUAGGUCCAGGGGAGGCAUCGGACCUUCUGGCUACAAGGAAGGGCCGGAGGGUUGAAAAGCUGGGCAGGAAGGAGAAGCGGGUCUGGGCCUGGGCUUUUCCUGGCUUCAGAAAUGGUGGUGCCAGGGCUGCCCUGCACCCAGGUCUUGGGGCUGAGGAUGCACAGAUGCGCCACCCAGCCUGGUGCUGCUGAUGGCUUUCUGAGCCUCAGACCCCAGCGGCCCAGAGGACAAGACCUUCAAGCCUGCCCCUCAUUGGCUUUAGGCAGUUUUUAGAGCUGGGAAGAAGUUCUCAAGUCCAACUCCCUGUUUCAUCAGAGGAGAAAUAGACCCAGAAAGGUUUGGAGAGUGUGUCAGGUUUCCACAGUGGGAAUAGGACACAGCCGAUCUCCUUCUGGAAGGGCUUUGUCUAUAUCCUUUAUUCUCCCAGCUCAGAGGCAACUUUGCCUGGGAAGGUGGUAGGUAGACUACCCAGCACUCAAGCCAUCCCAACACCUUUGAAUGGUAUUUACUGCUGAUCCCAAUAUAACCCCCUGACCUGCUCUCUCAUUCCGGUCCCAUGCCAGCUCCCAGAUAUCUGUAUAUUUGCCCAUCCAGCUGCCAUGUUAGAAAAUUCAGCUGCAUACCCAAGAGUGUAAGGAAAUGCAUUUUGUGCCGAAUGUAUUUCUCUUAUAUAUUGUCAGGUGGUGAUAUUAUGUUUAAGCUGAAGCUCACCCCUGAAAUGAAGGGGAAUGAUGACAGCCAGCCAAGCAAGGCCUGACUCACAGCAGUGGGUGCAUCCAGCCUCCCCCACCCUGCCAGCCACGAGCUCCAUUUACACACUCUUCAGGGGGCUGUGUUUCCCUUGGCCCUGGGUGUGGGUUUUAUAAGGCUGUCUUUUGUGAUAUCAUAGCCCAACCAUGUGAGAAGUGUUCAGGCUCCUCUUCUUCCAUUAGUCUGAGAAAAGGGAAAGUCAGAAAGGACCAAUUUUGGAAAAUCAAAGGACAAGCAAAUUGUUUUCUGGGGGAGAUGAUGCUGGCUGCAGCCUCCAACCAUUCACUAAGCCCCUUCUGUUUUUAGGUCCUUGAAUGUGGGAUAUGUGGUAAGUAGUUAUUUUCCUCAUUUCACAGAUAGUCAAACUAGAGCUCAGAGAAGUCACCUGUCAUGUAGGCAAUUACAUGGAGAGCCAGGUUUCACAAUCAGGUAACCCAACCCUCAUCACUGACUGAGCAUCAGUGGUGUGCUAAGUGUGCCACAUGUGUAUUCUUGCAUCUGUACAACAGUGAAAGGUAUACACUCCGAAUGUGCCCAUUUAACAGAUGAGAAGACUGAAGUGAAAGGACUUGCCCAAGGUCGCACAGCAGCUUAGUCUGUGGCAGAGUUAGGGCUUCAGGGCUGGUCAAUGCAUGUUCUUCACCAACUGUGUGCUACUCUAGAAGCAGCUCCAGAAAGGGUGGCUAUUGCUUUUAUUCAGUGUGGCCAGGCCACAUACUGGAUCCACACAGGAGCGAGCCCUAAGGAUGAUUGGGUCAGUGUGUGAAAAGUCCUGAGUGCCAAGCCAAGAAGUGCCUCCAAUAACAUUUGAAACAUAGUCAAGUAUAAAUUAAGAGUUGAGUAUAAGUCAACAGAAUAUAAAAUUGUAAGACAAUUAGGUUUUGUCCUGUCGGUGAUGAGAGGCAGCGAGGGUUUUUGCUGUGGUCUUUAUUAUGUUUGGCAACAGGCAUUUCAAACAAAGCAGGGCCUGGACUAGGGAGGGCCAGUGUUUCUUACCAACCUUGGCUGUAAGGGCAGAGGAAGCUGUCUCUGGUGUUUCUGAACAAGAUACAUGAAGGGGUUUUGGCCGGCACCUUUGAUUCCUGCCUAGAGAUUUCCAGGCCUUAAUAUUUAAUCUACUCUGGGGAGGAAAGUAAGGGGAACUCUGCCUUGGCAGGCAGCCAUAAAGCUCAGGCCAGGGGAGUUUGCUGGAGAUGAUCUGAGAGUUCCGGAAAGCCCUGUGUUCCAAAGCAUCUUGUCCUCUACGACAGCACUGGAAACCACUCCAGGGGCAGGAAAGCACAACACUGGAUGGUUGUCAGGGGGCUCUGGAUGGGAGUCAGAGAGUCCUGGGCUGGAACCAGCCCUACCUCUUACAUGCUGCAUGCUUGGUGGGGUAGGGACAGACAGAGGGGACACAUACCAUCGCCCUUUUAUGGCUGAACACCUGCAGCUUGGUGAGGACAAAGAGCAGCUGAGAGCCCAAGCAGCACCCUUCUAGAGCUGGAAGUCACCACCCAGGAGCCCCCAAAGUCAGUAUUAAUUUUCCCCAUUAUAGGUGAUAAGCCUCAAAUUCAGUGAGGUUAAGCAACCUGCUCAGGGUCACAAAUGUAACUAGUAGAAUCAAGAUUUGAACCAAGUCUGUUUUUAGACCAAAGCCCCAAAUUAACAUUGUUAGAAAUCAUGUAACCAGUCAUGUUUUCUUUUUUGCUUUUUGGCUGCUGGGAAGCUCAAAGUCAAAUUUGAGAAUAUUUUAUUUUUAGCAAUGGAACUGAGUCUCCUACAGGACUCUGGCUUUAUUUUAGCUUUCUGCUUUUACCUUUACGCUGAUCUCUUUAUUUUUAUCCUACUGUGUUUCAUCUCUUUGUGUAAAUUGCCACAAUAUGUUUUUUGCAAGAAGGUGGCAUGUAUCUAAAUAAAUACAUGAUCAAAAGCUUGA